CCCCAAUAGGCCCAAUAUAUCAAUCUUUAAAACAAUCUCUCUCUCGCAUUUAGGGUUUCUCGACAGUGAUCGAUCAUCGCCAUGUACAGAAACGCAGCUUCACGACUUAAGGCUCUCAAGGGCCCUGCGGGCAAUAGGGUACUAGCAAGGUUUGCAACUUCGACUGCUGUUGCCACGAAAUCACCCUCUUCAGAUAGUUUGUUUAGUUGGCUCACGGGGGAACGUUCUAGGACUCUCCCUUCCCUGAGCUACCCACUUAAAGGUGUUACCUUGCCACCUUCACUUCCUGAUCAUGUUGAACCGGGUAAGACCAGGAUAACAACUCUUCCGAAUGGUGUCAAAGUAGCCUCAGAAACUUCUGCUAAUCCUGCAUGCUCAAUUGGGUUAUAUGUUGAUUGUGGCUCAAUCUAUGAGACGCCAGUUACAUUUGGAGCCACACACGUCCUGGAACGAAUGGCUUUCAAGAGCACAAUGAACCGCAGUCACUUGCGCAUUGUUAGAGAAGUUGAGGCAAUUGGUGGCAAUGUGACUGCCUCAGCUUCUCGGGAGCAGAUGGGAUACACCUAUGAUGCUCUGAAGACAUAUGUUCCUGAAAUGGUAGAGCUGCUAGUUGACUGUGUGAGGAAUCCUGUGUUCCUGGAUUGGGAGGUCAAUGAGCAGCUUCAGAAGGUGAAGGAUGAGAUUGGAGAAGCUUCUAACAAUCCUCAAGGCUUGCUGCUCGAGGCACUUCACUCUGCUGGCUUUUCUGGUGCAUUGGCUAAUCCUCUUUUGGCCCCAGAGUCUGCAAUAAACAGGUUGAAUAGUACAAUGCUGGAGUAUUUUGUUGCUGAAAAUUAUACGGCUUCUCGGAUGGUACUCGCAGCUUCUGGAAUUGAACACGAGGAGUUGUUAAAAAUUGCAGAACCACUUCUUUCUGACUUACCCAGUGUGCCUCGCCCUGAGGAGCCAAAAUCUGUGUACGUUGGUGGUGAUUAUCGCUGUCAAACUGAUCCAGGGCAAACUCAUUUUGCUCUUGCCUUUGAAGCUCCUGGUGGCUGGCUUAAAGAGAAGGAAGCUGUGACAUUGACUGUUCUUCAAAUGCUAAUGGGAGGAGGUGGAUCUUUCUCUGCUGGAGGUCCUGGAAAAGGAAUGUACUCGCGGUUAUAUCUCCGUGUCUUGAAUGAGUACCCGCAAGUGCAGUCAUUUUCUGCGUUUAACAGCAUUUACAAUAACACUGGCAUAUUCGGAAUUCAAGCUACCACUGGCUCUGAUUUUGUAUCGAAUGCCAUUGAUAUAGCAGUUAAAGAGCUUAUUUCAGUUGCUACACCCGGGGAAGUUGACCAGGUACAACUAGAUCGUGCUAAACAGUCAACGAAGUCUGCCAUUCUUAUGAACCUGGAAUCCAGAAUGGUUGCAUCAGAAGAUAUUGGUAGACAAAUUUUGACAUAUGGAGAGAGGAAACCUGUGGAGCACUUCUUGAAGGCGGUGGACGAAGUUGGACUGAAAGACAUUGCUUCCCUUUCACAAAAGCUUAUUUCUUCUCCUCUCACAAUGGCAUCUAUUGGAGACGUUACUUCUGUCCCAACCUAUGAUUCAGUCAGCGGCAAGCUCCAAUUGAAAUGAAAAUGAAUUGUGGGCGGACGCCUUGCUUCUUGUCAUCAAUUUUGGGGCAAAUGCAAGCCUUUACAUCCAAUAGCUAUGGAAAAUGCAAGUCUUCACACCCAAUAACUAUAGAAGAACAAGGAAUUUUGAUGCUCUCCAGUUUAACAAUAAUAUGUUGUAUCCCUUUCAAAGUUAGCUUAUUUAUUUUUAUCCUUUUCUUAAGGCCUACUUUUUGUUACUUUCCAUUAUCAUUGAAUAUUUUCUGCCUAUUCUCUAGUUUCAUUUUGCCAUAUAUACACCGAAUUCAUGUUUCAGUCCAGUUUUUGGGCAAAUGCAAAUCUUUACACCCUGAUAGCAAUGGAAAUUUAAGAAGGAAUUUAGAUGCUCUCUAUUCUGGAAAAGCAUCUGUUUUGAA